GGGUUACUGCGCAUGAGCCGCACGCGGGAGUUCCCGGAAGUGGGAAUCGGGACACUUUCCUAAGCUGAGGAGUGGAAGUUCGGAACCGGGAUCUCGAACGCGGGCCGGAUGGGCAAAAUUGAGAGAUGAUAAAAAUAUGCAAGGCAACAGUGAACUCAAGAACAUUGCACUUGUGGCUACCAAUACAAAUAGAAAGAUUUUUUCAUUGCAGCAAGUCACUAAAGGCAUUUUUCAGGAAGAAUUUCUUUUAACAAAUUCAUUGGAUGCAUGUUGAGAUUUCCAAAAAUUAAUAGUGACUUUCACCACCACUUCCUAUUUUGCUUAUGGUUACAAAAACAUUUUGCAUAUUAGAAUUCUGUCCAUUUAAUGAGAAAAUGGCAUUCCAGUUUAAUUUUACUAUAGAUAAACAACUAGAAGAUGAAUUAUCAGCCCUUGAAAAUGGGGCCUUAAACCCAGAAUCUUCAGGAAAGACAUCAGUCUUAGACAGUCAAAAAGAAAAACUGAAAGAUGGAAAACAGUCCACAAAAGAAGGUGAUUUAUUUGAGAAACCUCUGUGGGGAUGCAAAUCAUCAGAAGUUAAGGCAUUUCCACUCUUUGACAACUCACUGGCUAAGUCAGAUGAAAUCACAAGGAAUUUGGAACCAAAAGAAAAGCAGCCUUGUUUAAAAGUGGCCAAAGAACAUGAUGUUCCUAAAGAUUUAAAGAAAAUGGUAGAAAAUAAAGUGGUAGAAGUUAUACCAUAUCUCCAACAUGUAAAUUUGUCAGUUGUGAAAAUGUCCUUUUUGAAAGAUAAUUCUUGUGGAGAAGACAUAGUAUCCAAAAGCCUUUCUUCUCAUUCUGAUCUCAUCACAGGUAUCUAUGAAGGAGGUUUGAAAAUCUGGGAAUGUACCUUUGAUCUUUUAGCUUAUCUAGCUGAUGAAGAAGUACAAUUUGCUGGGAAAAGAGUGUUGGACCUUGGCUGUGGAGCAGGGCUUCUGGGUAUAAUUGCCCUCAAGGGAAAAGCUAAAGAAACUCACUUUCAAGAUUAUAAUAGCACUGUAAUUGAUGAAGUAACCAUUCCAAAUGUAAUAAUAAACUCCACUUCUGAAUUUGAAGAUGAAGUUAGUGAGCCAGAUUUGAAAAAGCGAAGGAACUCAAACCCAACACAACAACUUUUAAGCAAAUGUCGAUUCUUUUCUGGGGAAUGGUAUGAGUUUUCCAGAUUUGUACUAAACAGCAAAAAAGCUUUUGCAAAGUAUGACAUCAUUCUUACCUCUGAGACUAUUUAUAAUCCAAGCUAUUACAAUGCUUUCCAUCAAACCUUAGCCAAUUUGUUGGAUGAAAGUGGACAGGUGUUUUUGGCAAGUAAAGCACAUUAUUUUGGUGUUGGAGGUGGUAUCCAUCUCUUUCAGAAAUUUAUAGAAGAAAAGAAUGUAUUUGAAACUAAGACACUCAAAAUAAUUGAUGAAGGACUGAAGAGAAUCUUAAUUAAAAUAACUUUUAAGCAUGCCCAUUGAAGUUCAAACCCAGUACCUUCUUUUUUAAUGUAUUAAACUGUUAAUUAAAAGAUUGUGGCUCCAAGAA